AUGAAAGGAGUGGAGGACCGGAGGGAGACAGAGGAGAGACUGGGUGGAGGGAGGGGAGGCACCCAGGACAGGAGGACUGGAGAGACCGGGAGGAGAGAGGAACCGGACAGAGUGGAGACCGGGAGGAGGAACAGGAGGACAGGGAGACGGAGGACUGAGAUGGAGGACAGGGUGGAGGGACCGGGAGGAGGAGAAAGGACGAACCAGGACAGAGGAAGGUGGAGACCGGGAGGAGGAGAGGACGGAGACAGGAGGUCAGAGAGGGAGGAGAGACCGGGAGGACGCAGAGGACAGGACAGGUGGACAGGGAGUGGAGAGGGACCGGGAGGGUGGAGAGACCAGACAGGACAGAGAGGUGGAGAGACCGGAGAGACCGAGAGACGGCACCGGAAGGGACAGAGGAGUGGAGUGGACCGUGAGGACCCAGGACAAGAGAGAAGGAGACACCAGGAGGAGGAGAGUGGCACGGAGGAACACAAGGAGAGGACCGGAGGACCCAGAAGGAAACGGGGAGACCGGGGAGGAAAACAGGACAGACCGGGAGGACAAGACAAGGACAGAGGUGGAGACACACAAGAGUGGAGACGAGAGAGGGAGAGUGCACAGGACAGAGACGGACAGACCGGGAGGUGA